AUGCCAGGCCUCCACGACCCUCUUGUGCAAUUGAAGAUAACCUCCGCGACCUGUAGUUUCUUUGCAUUUGCGACUACACUUUAUCGUCUAUUUAUACGACGCGACCGCUUAUGGGCCGAUGAUAUUUGUGUGCUUUUUGCUGGCCUAGCACUCGUUAUUCAAGUUGUCGCCGUGUUCCUUCAUCUCCCUAUCCCCAAUGAUCUACCUCAAUCAGCGCGCAUUUCAGCAUACUAUCUCAUGGCUAUGGCAUUUUACGCCGUUAUAUGGGGCUCAAGGCUGAGUAUCUUGUUCAGCAUCGUCCGAGUGGAUCCAUCGGAAGUGCGGCGGCGGCGUUUCGUCUAUGUAGCGAUCGCGUUUGGCAUCGCAUUCUUUGUCCUUAUGGCCCAGCUACUGUGGGUUUGUGAGCCCGAACCAUCGUGGAAGGACACUGCCAACCCUCAAUGCAAACUCACGCUUCAAGUCGCUAUUUUACAACUUGUCACCGAUAUUAUUGCUGAUUCAAUUCUGCUACUUUCUCCACUUCCAUUAUUCCGCAAUCUCUCUGACAAGCCAUUGCGUCGGAAAUUAACCCUCAUUUUUUCAACCUGUGUGGUUACUACUAUUAUCUCGCUUGUUCACGCAGUCCUAAUUCUCAAGAAUGGUGGCGUUAAGGUCGUCCUCUCUGCUCUUGUCGAGGAUACCCUCAGCCUGAUUGUGGCCAACAUUCCCGUCGUAGUCACCUCCCUCUUCAAUAUUACCGCCACCGCUUCUGACCGACCUAACCGCUCCACCUCUAUUCAAUUCAGCACAAUGCCCUGGAUCCAUGGUGUUAGCCACACACAGAACACAUUCACCACGAGCACAUUAUUCGACGAAACUCCUCUUGCACCAGUGAAUCUGCAGACGCAGUCGCGCUCUCGCAGGAGUAACGGCGACCCAAACGACUCUGGCAAAUUCAGCAAGUCCUGGACAGACGAAUCUGUUAAAGCGGGUUCUGACGGUGAUAUUGUGCUUCAUCCCGAAUCCGCGGACAACGUCGCGUCGCCCAUGAGCCUUUUACAUCAACCCCGCAUCGUCUCCUUUGUGAACGACAGUAUUUCGGAUACCACUCAUCACAGCAAAUGA